AUGUACAUUAUUCAAUCUGCUGCUGAAAACAUAAGAACCCUCGAUAUUUUUGGAAUGGAUGUGCAUCUCCUUAGCCAAAGAUCAAACACACAUAAAACAUAUUCAGGAGCAGCUGCCUCAAUCUUUAUUUUAUCUGUCCUCCUCUAUUCCUUCUACUCGUUUAUCUUAUAGAUGAACGAAGGCAAAAAUGCAAUUCUCAAUAGACAAGAGGCACUCCUGUAAAAUAAUGAAGUAAUACAUAAAUUCAAAUAUAAGGGGUACACCUUUGAUGCAAAGGAUUUCAUUUUUAUCACUGGCCUUUUGGAUGGAGCAGGGUAACCAAUUAUGAAUCAGAAUAAUAGUAUCUAUUCAGUCACGUUCUAUUUUUGUAAUAAAUCUUUGUCAGACACUCAAUGCACCUAUUUUUCCAGUACUAUUUGUGGUGACAUUAUCACUGAAUUAUCUUAGGUAAAUUCAGUUUAAUCCGUUUUAGAAAAUGGGUGUACCAAAAGAUUAUUAGUACAUUAGUUACUGUCUUGACUAACAGAAGGCUGAGAACUUUUCAACAGUCCGAUUAUAAAGUUCUCAAAGAAUGGACAAUUUUACAUUAUUUGGAGUAUUACUUAAUAAAUGUGUGAAUAGCACAGAAAAAAAUGGUAAUUUCUAUUCUUAAUUUAGAUUGUGCCCCCCAAGAACAAAUUGACUAAUUGGUCACUAACUCAAAUUUCUAUUACUCCUAUACAAAUUAUUAGUUCAGAAAGGAUCUAAAUAGUUAUCCCUUUGAAACUAUGCAAAAUUUUGAUGUUACAACUUUGUACCCAAAACUAAAAAAAUAUAUUAAAGUUUUAUACUCUUAUAGCACUGCUUACUUAGAGUACAAUCCUUUUUACUUCUUUCCUUAAACUACUGAAUGCCAGUCCAUAGAGUAUGAUUAAUCAAUAAUCGAUACAGUUGUAAUUUCUGAUGAUGACGCUCAACUAGCUUAAGUAGAAUUACAUUUAGGAGUUAAAAAAUUCAUAAGUCAUGUCACUUAUCAAACUUUGAUGGAUGUUGCUGCGAAAUUAGGGGGAUUUUUUACAAUUCUUAAAAUCUGUGUUUCAAUAAUUUUGCACCCAAUCUAAUGGUGUCAAUAUAGAUUAUACUUGAUCAAUCGUUAUUUAGACAUUAAAAAAGGAAACAGAUCUCUUACAAACUUGAUGGACAUUGAAAAUCUAGAUUUCUUAUAAGUUGUAUUUCUGAAAAAUAAGAGAUAGUAUUUUCAUGAAUAAAAUCGGAUUAUCGACAAACUCUUGGAUAUUGCAGAAAUCGCAUUUAAUCCUUUAAAACUAAUACGGCAGGUUGAGGAUCUACAGUUUUCUAUCAAAUAGCUUGAUGUUUCAAAAACGAAAAGGUAUCGAUUAGAAGAAAAUGAACAUGAGCAAAUAGAAAUUAAAAGUAUUUGCAGAUCCAUAAAUUAAGAGUUAGACUCAAAUGGACAAUAAAAAAUAUUACCUAGUAUCAAAGUUAAUAUAACGAGCAAGUGA